UCAGCGUUAAGGUAGGUUGCAUCACCGCACAGUCUCCCCACCAACUACAAUUUGACAGUUUCUCAGGUGAGGCGUCGCGCUACAGGAGCUCUUUCACUUUCUCUUGAGUUUCAGCGCGCACAUCACUGUGAGCCUGGGGUUGCUUAACUCAAAAACCAGUUACCAGAAGCCCUCACACCACGGCACCAUGAGCAAAAAGAAAAAGGAGUGGAGAGCGGAGAAAGAGCGCUUACUCGGUCUCAGUCUAGAGGAUAGGCGCAAAGAUUAUCGGGGAAACUAUGUGCCAUUGGAAAAGAUCUCCACCUGGGCAAAUCAUGACAAUAAUGCAGCUCCUGAGGAAGAACAAAAAAAGCCUCUCUCCUUGGCUGACAAAGUGUCUCUGUACAAAGGUGACAUCACCAUCCUGGAGGUGGAUGCCAUAGUGAAUGCUGCAAACUCUUCUCUGCUCGGCGGUGGAGGAGUGGAUGGCUGCAUACACAGAGCCGCGGGUCAUCUCCUGUAUGAAGAGUGCCACUCGUUAAACGGCUGUGACACUGGAAAAGCCAAGAUCACCUGCGGCUACGACCUCCCUGCUAAAUAUGUGAUCCAUACCGUCGGCCCGAUCGCCAGAGGAAAUGUGGGCCAGACCCAAAAAGAUGACCUUGAAGCAUGCUACAAAAACUCCCUCAAGCUGAUGAAGGACAAUAACUUGAGAUCUGUGGCCUUUCCAUGCAUAUCGACAGGAAUUUAUGGUUUUCCCAAUGAUCCAGCAGCAGAAAUCGCCCUGGAGACCGUGCGUCAGUGGAUCCUAGACAACCAAGAUGAGAUCGACCGUGUCAUAUUCUGCGUCUUUCUGGAGACAGAUUAUGACAUUUACAAGGGGAAGAUGUCAAAGUUCUUCUCCCCAGAUAAUGACGACCAAACGAAUGAAAAAGAUGACAGUAUGGGCCAAGAGAACACGGAGCCCAAGGAAGGAGGGGAAGAUGAUGGUGAUCCUGAUAAAAAAGGUGCAAAGGAUGACGAUAAGAAGAUCCAACAAGGUGCAAAGGAUGACGAUAAGAAGAUGCCGCAAGGUGCAAAGGAUGAUGAUAAGAAGAUCCAGCAAGGUGAAAAGGAUGACGAAAAGAAGAUCCAGCAAGGUGCAAAGGAUGACGAUAAGAGCCAGCCAGUUGAAAAGGAGGACGAUAAGAAGAGCCAGCCAGAUGAAAAGCCAGAUGAAGAAAUGAUGAGCCAGCAAGAGGAAUCAACUGAGGAUGUGCCGAUGGAAAGCCAGAAGCUAGACGAGAGCUCUGGUGGUGAACCCAUGGAAGAGGAAAAACCUCCUGAAAAGAAAGAACCUAAAGUCGAGCCGAGUCCAACAGCAGAAAAGAAACUUAAACAAGAGAGCAAAAAUGAGAAGGAGAAGAAAGAGGGCAAGGGAGAAGACCCACAAGUUGCAGGGGACGACAAAGGGGGUAGCCCAGAAAAGAAGAUGCAGACAGGCCAGCCUGAUGAACCGGAAAAACAGAUGGAAGGCUCAAAGAAUGCAGACACCAAGAUGGAAAAUAGUCAGGACACUUCGGAUGCCAUGGAAGUUGAGAAUGCUGAUCAAAGUGCCAUAGCAGCCAAGGAGAACAACACCACCAGCAGCAGCAGCACUAAAGAUGAUGUGAAAACCCAGGAUGAGAGCUCACAAGAGCCUAACGCAGCAGACAACAGACCAAAAUCUGAAGAUGGCCAAGGCAAUGGGAACCCACAGGAAUGAGACGACAAUCAGCCUCAUAGGAACGAGUGCCGGCAAACUGUGUGAAGGCAAACAUCACACCAAUUUUGUCCCACGCCAGGGAGUCGCCCACAAACACUGGGAGAAGAGCUGACCCCCACUUCAUUCACCAUUUUUCCUUCUAUUCAACCUGUAUUUCCUUUCCGCUUCCUCAUAUUGAUAAAUCAGAUAUAUAGCUAUAUAAAAAGGAUCAAAUGAGAGUUUGAACAUAUCAGAGAGAGUGCAGGGAUUGUGGAGCUAGAGGAGGGCUGCUAUACCUCACUGACAUGCUGCUUGAUCAAUAGUUUUUUGGGUUUUUUGUCUUUUUUUUCAAUAUGGCAUCCUGGUGCUGGAUUUGAACUGGUUUGAAUUAGGUAGAUUGGUCAAAACACAUCCUAAAAUCAUCCUGCCGCUUUUAGUUACACACUGAUUUGUAAUACUUCUGAUAAAGUGCGAAGCCAAGGCUGAAUUUUCCAUCCCGCAGAGCACUCGUAAUGCAAGAUUUAGACCAAAUAUGAUUGGAUUCCACAGCCCUGUCCACCGUUUAAGAUUUCUUUCAGGUGAAAAACACUAAAAUGGCUGAAAAUGUCAGUUUGUGUGAGUGAGUGAGUGUGCGUAUAUAUCGAUGAUGUCACUUUAAAGAGGUUUUCGCUUUAUGUGUGAGCUUCAGAACCAAGUCAGGUCAAACGAGGAGAACAUCGCUUGAUUCUAAUCUCCUAUCGAGUGGUGACAUUCCUCCCUUCUGCACGCUAUAUAACAGAGGCGUUUGUGCGCUCCUCUGCUUUGAAACGACACGUCACGCUCGCAGAGCCCCCCUUUAAUCUCUCAAACGAGCAUUGAUCAUGUUUCAUCUUCAAAGCUGCUCUGAAUACUGCGAAUGCCUGUUAAAAAAAAAAAAGGAAAA